AUGGCUUGUCAUAAAGGAACCCAGACUACUGAUGUUACUAUUUGUCGAAGAGAACGAGACACCAAUAUUAGUCUUCGAUACAUGACUCCUCCGCAGGGGAUGUUCAAUUGUUCAUUUUACCCAGAGUUAAAAUGUACACAGGUCCUUGACUAUCAAACACAUUCCCAAGAUACUUUUACUCUUGACAAACUAGAUUGUGUUUUAGAGGGUGGAAAUCUGGCCAUAGAGAUAUCCUUUUUUUUUGGUACUAUAUCCCAUAUCGAUGACAUCCAACAAAUUGGUAUUCAUCCAUGGCUACGUGAAGCUCUUGUGAACUCUAUGCAACUCUAUGGAUUUAAAUGCAAAGAAAUGUGCUUCUCAGAAAGUUGUCAGACGUCCUGCUCCAUGCGCCCUACUAAAGAAAUUGAUGAUUCGGAAGUCUUGGAAAAGUUGUUGAAAUCACAUUCGAUGAAAAUGAUGAACUAUGGAGCAUUUAGUAUUAACCAUCUAUUAUCUAAUACAUUAUGCUCUACAUAUCCACUAAUAUUCAGCCCUUCUUAUGCAGAGAGACUUGGGGUUGGGAUUAAGAAUAUCCCAGACAUUGCUCAUGCACUUCAGCGUAUCCGUGAAACUGCACGCCAGUCAGAUAGAACAAAGUUUUAUGAUGCAACCUCAUCAUGUCUAAAGAAAAUUGGAUCAAAGUACGAUUCAUUGAAACCUCAUUCAGAUGAUAUCCCUUACUCUGAAACCUCGUGGAUAGACACUACAAUUGGCCUUUAUUUUAGCCAAAAACGAGCUUCUCAUUUACGUACAUUCACGAAUACAAGACCUAAAUACAGCAUCAGUACGAUGCUAAAGAACCUGGAUUCUCCAAACUAUCCAGAAUCCAUUUAA